AUGGAGCAAAAUACACUCAAGAGACGCGGAAUUGGCCUGACGGGCGUCGACAAAGAGAAAUCGUUUGGAGGAUACACGCUCCUCUGUCCACUCACCAGCUCUAGAGCGCACCUUAUCGACAUCGAUGGCAACGAGGUUCAUACAUGGAAGCUCCCCGGACGGAUCGGACGACAUGCGCGCAUCUUGCCGAGCGGUAACUUGGCCGUCAACACCCUCCGGCCGGGACCAUACCCAUUUGCCUUCUUCCAUAAGUACGGAGGAGGUGUUAUGAGCGAGCUCGACCCAGAGGGCAAUAUUUUACGGCAAUUUACAGACCCCAUGGGCCACCACGACCAAUACCACUUUGGCGACGGGCGGAUAAUAUACGCCAGCCUCGAAGCGCUCUCGCCCGAGGACUCGAAGGGGGUCCUUGGCGGAGUUCCCGGGACCGAGGCAGCGGGAGGGGUCACAUAUGCCGACACGAUCAACGAGGUCGACGGCGAGGGUAACGUCGUAUGGCAGUGGAAGGUGUCCGAGCGUCUUCCGCGGGAUGAGUUUCCCCUCCAGCCGCACUACACGAGAGAACACUACCCGCUUAUCAACUCUGUCUACCCUAUGCGUGAUGGGAAACAUGUGCUGGCGUCCAUGCGGUCCGUCUCGGCCGUUGUCAUAAUCGAGAAGGAGACGGGCGAUAUUGUGUGGAAGCUCAAGUCGGAUGUGCUCGCGCAGCAGCACAACGCCACCGAGCUGGAGAGCGGGAACAUCCUGAUCUUUGACAACGGUGCCUUCCGCGAGGGGGAGUCGAUCACCUAUUCGCGCGCCAUCGAGGUUGAUCGCUCCACGAGCCAGAUUGUCUGGGAGUACCGCGACAAGUCGCAGAUGCACAACUUCUUCACGCCGUUCAUGGGGAGUGCGCAGCGCCUGGACAAUGGGAAUACCCUGCUGUGCGAGAGCGCGUUUGGCCGUGUUUUUGAGGUUACCAGUGCCGGACUGGGAAACGGCUGGGAUCUUCCCGGGGGAGUCUAA